CUUGGUUGUCUGUCAUAUGUUACAACAGAUCCUGCCUUUGCUGGAUCCUUUUCCUUUCCUGAAGGAGACCCUGAGAGCCGAGUCUACUUUUUCUUCAGUGAGGUGGGCAAUGAAUACACCUUCUUCGAAAACAUCUUUGUUCCACGCAUUGCCCAAGUCUGCAUGAAUGACAAUGGUGGUACCCUGGUACAACAGAACAUAUGGACUACAUUUGCCAAGGCCGAGAUUAGGUGUCCCUCAUCAAAAAAAUUACCCUACAAUAUCAUCCAAGAUAUCUUCGCACUAACUCCAGCCAAGAAUGACUCCAGUAAUGAGAUUCUUUUCUAUGGUAUCUUCACUUCUCAGUGGCCUGAAUCUUUGGGGAAAUCUGCUGUCUGUGUUUUCAGAAUGAACGACAUCAAGGCUGUGUUUACAGGUGGCUACUUGAAAUUCAACAAAGAUACUCAGCGUUGGAAUAGAGAAACUAGACAAGACCUUAGACCAGGAACGUGUGAGCAGAAGACAGAUAAUACGAUCUUCGAACUAAAGGAUAUAUAUCUGAUGGACUCCUUUAUCCGUCCAGUAGGACACAAGCCAAUUUUGGAGUCUUAUGAGCAUCUCUACACAAAAAUCACAGUGCAGAGGGUCAAAGCAGCAAACAUGAAGACCUACAUAAUUUUAUUCCUUCUGACUGCAUCGGGAUCUUUUCACAAGGUGGUGAUGGAGGAUGGAGAAAUACGCUUCAAUGAGACGAUCCAGCUGUUCACCGAGCCUCAGCCUGUUACAAACCUCCUACUGUCGGCUGAAAAGGCAAGUGGAGAGAAGAGGGUGAUGAAAUCAAGAUUAUUAUAGUUAGCGAAAACUAAAAUUAAAACUGAAACAUUUUCAUAAACUGAAAUAAAAUAAUUAACAAAACCAAAACAAAAAACUAAACUA